CAGGACUGGCUUACUGGCAUGCGGAGUCCCAUCUCUAGCUUUUCCAUUUUGCGACAUUUCGUUCUUCAACUCGAAACGCAACACCAUUAAACAGACUAGAUAUAUGCUACUUGGGUGCCACAUCGAAGGAUUAAAGACUUCCGUCUGUCAAAAAUAUGGUCUUCGACUCGUGAAGGGUCAAAAGGCCUCGUGA